ACUAUGGCUGCCGCCGCCGACGCCGCGCCGGAACGAGUAGCGAGUAGCGAAGCGGACUUCGUCCUGACGCGCGCCGACGACAUUCAACCGACGCCGCCCGGCCGCUGGGCGCGUUUGACCAUGACGGUCCUCGCGCGCUAUCCCUUACUCCACUCCGUCUUCUGGUUAAGUGUUGUGGGCGUGGCGGCCUCCUCCACGAAAGCGGAUGCGUCGGAAGCGUUGAAGAUUGCCAUCGAGUGCUGGUUGGUGUAUUCUUUCGGGAAAUAUAUACUGACGGGCAGCUGUGCAUUACGAGGCCUCGCGAAGCUGCGAAGGAACGACGCCAAGAGUCCUGAUGACUUCUCGUCAGCAUCUUCUUCGAACGACUUGCUGAGGUACGAAGAUGUGUUGCAUGUGAUUGCCAUACCGAACUACAAGGAGGACGUCGCGACGUUACGACGGACUAUAGCAACCCUGGCGCAGCAACGGGACGCCUCGACACAGUUAGUCGUGGUCCUCGCGAUGGAGGCCCGCGAUCCUCUUGCUCGGGCCACGGCGCAAACUUUAAGGAAGGAGUUCUCCCAUCAAUUCCGAGGCAUGCACUGCACGCUGCACACGCUGAGAAGUGGCGAGGUCGCGGGCAAGAGUAGUAAUGAGAACUGGGCCGUGAGAUGUGCUAAAAGAAGAUACUGCGACGAGCUCGGUGUUAGAUCCGACAGAAUUGUGGUCACGACUUGCGACGCCGACACGUAUUUUCACGCGUCGCACUUCGCGGCUCUGUCGGCGGCCUACUGCUCGGCUUCUUCCAAACAGCGACGUCGAACCUUCUGGCAGGCCUGCACGCAGUUCUACCCGAACUGCGACAAAGUGCCUACGUUAUGUUCGGUACGAUAUGCCUUACUCAGUGUAGGCUUCCUAGGACAGAUGUCCAAUCCGCUCCAUUAUCGGUUACCCUUCGCGGUCUACUCCUUAGCUUUAGAUUUAGCGGUAGAAGCGCACUACUGGGACCCUUCAGUAAUACCUGAGGACUGGCACAUGUUCCUGCGGUGUUUUUAUGCGACGAGAGGUGGCGUGAAGGUCGAUCCCAUCUUCCUGCCGGUCGGGUGUGAGUGCGUGGUGGACACCUCAGCUACAAAGACGAUAGGGGCUUGCUACGAUCAAGCCAAAAGGUGGCAGUGGGGCGCCAUCGACGUGGGGUACAUCGCCGCGCGGACGCGCGACGCGCCGGUCCAACGGCAGCUAGCUGUAGCAUUGGCGGCGCAGGAGCACCAUUUACUCUACCCGUUGAUGUGGAUCGUGUUAGCGGCCGCGCCUUGGCUCGUCGAGGGUUGGGCGACGGGCUGGCGGUUCCGGCUCUGGGUCGGCUUCUUUGUUGCGAACUUCGUCCUGCUGAAUGUCUUGGAUCAUUGCUAUCGGGAUAUUUUGAGCAGGGACCGGGGCUGCGGCGGCCCCGACGCGUCUUCAUUGAAAGAAAUACGAGUGUCUCGCGUGCUCUCCUUCGCGGCGUUCCCCGUCGCGGACCUACUACUCUUCGUGCUGCCGUCGUUGCACGCGCAUGCGCGCAUGGCGCUGUCGACGCGCUUCGACUACGUCGUCGCUCCGAAGGUCGCGUGCUGCCUCCAGCGGGGGCCGUCGUCGCAGGGACUGCUGGUGCAACUGCCGGAGGCGCCCCUCGCGAAGUACGAAGCUAUCGCGUAAAAUGUGUUACU